CAGGUGCAGGCGCCGCGCACUUCCCUUCUUGUGGUGAUGGCGAUGGAACCCUCACGUGGUGUGGCGGUGGUGCUUCUGGUGGCGGUGUGCUGCCUCCACGGUGCUCAUGGAAGAAGCCCACCAAGACCACCUGUGUGUCCGCUUAACAACCCUCUCAUCAAGAUAAACUUCGUGCAGAAUGCUCAUGGACGUGCCCAGGUAGUGCAGUACGUCACGGACAUUCCUCGCCUCACCAGCUUUACCAUUCACUAUUGGUUCAGUUUGGAAACCACCAGCAAAACACACACUCUGUUCAACUACGCAUCGGAUUCCUAUGCCGGUUCGGAACUCUUAGAGGUGCAGCUGGAGACAAACGACGAAGGUAGGAAUCAAUUUUGGAAAGUCACCAUUGAAGGCGUGGAGACUAGAGUCAAGGCCUACCCGCCCAUCGGGCAAUGGCAGUGGUACCACGCCCUUCACUCCUGGGACUCCAGCACGGGCAUCAUUAGUCACUACAUUAAUGGCGAGCUCCUCCAGUCACACUACAAUUAUCAGACCAAAGGCUUGGUGAUCUCCCCCGAGAGGCACAGCUCGAUCAGGACAGACCCGUCGUGCACUCUUCAACAAUGGUGUGGACCAAGGCGAGGGUUUGGACGGCUGGCUCACACUCCUCCAAUUCUCUGGCAAACCCAUCGGCGUCCCGACCUCAUCUGACACUGUAGCCGCCAAGGCUGAGCGCGCCUACAGGUGUGAAGAUCAGGAGGAGGGUGAGCUCAUCAGCUGGAGCAAGACCCCGAGGAAGAGCUUCGGCGGCGUGACUGCCUUCCCUACCUUCAAAAGUGUUUGUGGCCAGUUCUAAGCUCUGCCACGGAACCACGUGAAGCAUACACGUAAAGCACAUCUGUGUGUGUGUGUGUGUGUGUGUGUGUGUGUGUGUGUGUGUAAGUGCCUACGUGUAUUUGCCAGGUGACCACCCAUGUUGGAUAUGCCUUGCAGCACCCGGCACUGAACACAUCCUGUAUACAUGUAGUAAGAAUACAUUGCAUAAAUGAGACAGAGAAUGUGUAUUUCAAAUAAGAAUUCCACGUUUUUGGGCAUGAAUUUAGCCAGAUCAUCUUCCAUUCCUGUAGUAGGAACAGGAUUUGAUUCAAGGAUUUACUUUGUGCUUUCUUUACUUACUUCACCAUAGACAUGCUCAUCAAUUAACUGACAUAC